AUUGGAGGAGCGCACACACUCCCAGGAGGCCACGCGUAGGCGGGGCGCUUUACGCGGAAGUCAGCAGCGUCCGGUCCCAUCCUCCUCUGGGAGCGGGCAGUCGGCGACCUCGCGCUGACCCGCGACCCUCGUCCCGAGCCCGUGCGCCCUCAGAGGGUGCCCGGACAGAUUGAAGCCAUGGCCAUUCUUUUUGCUGUUGUUGCCAGGGGGACCACUAUCCUUGCCAAACAUGCUUGGUGUGGAGGAAACUUCCUGGAGGUGACAGAGCAGAUUCUGGCUAAGAUACCUUCUGAAAAUAACAAACUAACGUACUCACAUGGCAAUUAUUUGUUUCAUUACAUCUGCCAAGACAGGAUUGUAUAUCUUUGUAUCACUGAUGAUGAUUUUGAACGUUCCCGAGCAUUUAAUUUUCUGAAUGAGAUAAAGAAGAGGUUCCAGACUACUUAUGGUUCAAGAGCACAGACAGCACUUCCAUAUGCCAUGAAUAGUGAGUUCUCAAGUGUCUUGGCUGCACAGCUGAAGCAUCACUCUGAGAAUAAGGGCCUAGACAAAGUGAUGGAGACUCAAGCCCAAGUGGAUGAACUGAAAGGAAUCAUGGUGAGAAACAUAGAUCUGGUAGCUCAGCGGGGAGAAAGAUUGGAAUUAUUGAUAGACAAAACAGAAAAUCUCGUGGAUUCAUCUGUCACCUUCAAAACUACUAGCAGAAAUCUUGCCCGAGCCAUGUGUAUGAAGAAUCUCAAGCUUACUAUCAUCAUCAUCAUCGUGUCAAUUAUAUUCAUCUAUAUCAUUGUGUCACCUCUCUGUGGUGGAUUUACGUGGCCAAGCUGCGUGAAGAAAUAAGAAAAAGUUGUCAUUAACCAAGGAUAUGAGAGAACAAGGAGUUAAAAGCAAUCUGUGUGACUCAAGCCUUUCAGUACUGACAGAUAGUGUCUGCCAGUCUCUUCAACCCUCUUCUCACUUUUUCUUUUUUUUUAAAUCUUUUUCUAUGCCUCAAGAUUUAUCUGUGUCCUGUCAACCAUUUUAUUCCAGUGAAUGUCAGAUUGAACCACUCAUUGCUGCAGUAGCCUUAAAGGGGCUUUUGCUUGUUUCUUUGGUUUGUUAACUAGUGUCGUCUACUUAGAGAAACAUUUUUAUUUUUAAUUGCACAAAGCUAUCGCCAACGUGGAAUCCACCAGUCUUUUCAGCUGUCCGCUAAAACUAUGGAGGAACUUUGUAUGUGCACACAAAAGUAUUCAAGAGACAGAUAGUAUUGCUAACAUCUCAUCUUAAUGUCUUUCCUUAUUGAAGUGUUUUAGGUGCUUCAAAACAACAGAAAUGGAGAAUAGUUGUUUAUUUGGGGAAUUAGAUUGUUGGUGCUGCUUGAAACUUAGGUAAAGUACGAAAUAUUCUUAUUUCAAUCAUUCCCCAUUAUAGUGGAUUUGAGAAGAUGAUGGUUUAAGUAUUGUUGAAGGUUGAGGGCUUUUUUUAUAUAUUCCUUUUUCUUCUGUGGAGAUUUAGGGCAAUUGUUAAUAGAAUGGGUAGUGGAGGGGUGGGGAGGCAAAUUCCUCUGACUCACUAAAGAAAAAGAAGGGAACCACAGUGGAUAUGCUAGCAUUUUAGUUGUACAAAGAGAGGUAAUGUGGGAAAAUUUUUCCAUUCCGGAAAAAGCCCAAACUGAAUACAGUCAGCAGUCAAUUGAAGGGUUUGAGUUUGACUUCUGUUAAACAAUAAUUUGAGCAUUCUUUGGGCUUUAAUAAAUUCUUUAAUAUGCCUAGUUUUGAAGAAUUCUUUUGUGAAACUUGAAAGAGAAUAGACAGUAUGAUGUAUAGAAACAAUACAAAAUAGUUUAACAUCCAUUUAACUGCAGUGUAAGAAAAUUGGACUGUAGUCAUACUACUUCAGCCAUUCUGGCAUCUGUUACCUAGUAUGUACUUUGGUUGUAUAUCUGAAAGGAAGACAUUUGCUGCCCUAGCUCUCAUUGUAUUUAUUUAUCAAUAAGUGCCAUUAAGUGGAAAUUAUAUUACAUUUUACUCUUUCCCAAUGAAAGAACAAUUAGUCCAUAGAACCUAGCCACCUGUUUAGCCUAGUCAUGUGCCUUGAAUAUAUGUGUCCCUUAAUCUGGCUCACAGUACCUGUUAUUCCGUGUGAAUGUUUCAAUUCAUGCUACCUGAUUCAUUUAUUUGACAUGUGUCUUAGGUCUACUGUUAACUCUUUUCUUGUUGAUCAUCCAUAUAGCACAAAUGUUUUUCCAGUCCUCUUUAUCAACACUAAUGCAUUUUAAUUAUGUCAGCAUUUCCUAUUGGGUAAUACAUUUUUGUUCCAGAAAAACAUUUGGCAUUCCUGAAUAAUAAUUUCCAAAUGUUUUUAAUCCAAAGAAAAAAACUUAAAGCUUAUUUCCCUUUCUUAUAUACACCUGUAUAAAAUUGAUGUGCAUGUUUUAGGGAUCAAUUACUUAACUGUUCCUUGGUCUAUUUAUGUAUAAGAAUGCUUUUUAAAGCACAAAUCUCAUUUUAAAUGAUGCACAACUGAAGACAUUAAUAAAAUUUAAGAGUAAUUCAAUG